AAUGGAACGCUGGCGUGGACGAGUAGCCUUGGUAACGGGUGCAUCGAAGGGUAUCGGAUCACAGAUCACACGGGUGUUGGCUAGCCAUGGUCUAAAGGUUGUAGCAUGUGCUCGGAGUGAAGAUAAACUGCAGGAAUUGGCCGAGGAACUACAAUCCAGCAUGGGAGAUGUCUUUCCCAUACGCUGUGACUUGAGAUCGGAGGUAGACAUUUUGAAGAUGUUCGCCGCGAUAGAGGAACGCUGGGGUGGCGUUGACGUUUGCGUCAACAACGCCGGCCUCGCGCUGAACGCUUCUAUUAUUGACGGUGACAGCGAAGACUGGAGGACAAUGAUUGAUGUAAACGUUAUGGCUGUUUGUUACUGUACAAGAGAGUCCGUACGCUCGAUGAGAAGGAGGCAAGUCGAUGACGGACAAGUCAUUAACAUAAACAGCUUAUCAGGUCACAGAGUUGGGAAAGCUCACUUCUAUUCGGCCACCAAGUUCGCGCUGACGUCACUAACGGAAGGAACUCGUUGGGAAUUGAGAGGUAUUGACUCUCACAUCCGGGUAACAAGUAUUAGUCCAGGCUUGGUGAAGACGAACUUUGCCAGCGUUUUGAUGGGAGAGGCAGGAGCCGCGGAGACAUACAACACCCGACAAUAUUUGGAGGCCAAAGAUAUCGCUGACAUGGUCGUAACCGUGUUGUCUACGCCUAAGCAUGUCCAGAUUCACGAUAUACUGGUAAGGCCAACGGAGCAGUUGCCAUAACAACGGAUGUUUUGUCAGCCAUAGGGCGAAUUUAGGGUACUUGAUGGCGUUUAAUCAGUUAUGGUAUACGUAUUAUAAACAAGGCU